UCUAUGUUCCUGCCAUGGAUGGUGGUUGGCUUAUUGUACCCUUAAAAUAAUCGGAUAAGUGAUCUCUAUCAAAUUUUGAGUAGAACAGAUCGAAAAUAUUCUAAAAAUAGACCUACAUAUACAUAAGUUACCAGUAAAUAUGAUCUGUUCAGUUGUAUAUUAGUAUAUUGAGUGUAUACCCGAGAAAGUUGCUUUAAAUUUAAAAGGUCAGUUACGUAUCGAUAUUAGAGGAAGUUAUUUUAAACGCUCAUCGUUUUCAAUAACAAUACGCACAGACGCUCGCACAAGAUAACGACGUUUUGUUGCAGAUUAUUUUAAUCAAUAGCAAGAUUAACAACAAUUAAAACUACUAUACGAUUUCAAGUUAAAUUACAUUAAAGUUUUUGUGAACACAAGUGUUAUCUAUAGAUCUAUGUAAAUUUAGUGUGGGGAAAAAGUCAAUUUCAACAUGGGACCAAGAUUUGCAGAUUCAUUUUGGGAGACAGAUUUUAAUGGAACGCUCGGUUUUGAUCUGUUAUGCAAGAGAAUCAGAGAGGGCCAGAAAGUUUGUAAAGACAUUGAAGACUUUUUAAAAAAGAGGGCAAAGGCAGAUAUACAGUACAGCAAAUUGUUGCGAAGUAUAGCUAGAUCAGCGGACGGAAAAGAGGAAAUCGGAGAUUUGGGGCUUAGUUGGCAAGAACUCAAGAAUGAAACUGAAAAGACCGCCAAUUUUCACGAGUCGUCUGCGGCAGAACUAAACAAAUUAGCAGACGAGAUUUCACGCUUUACAGACACAACGAGAUCGGAAUCAAAACAGGUUGAAGACAGAGUAAAAGAGAAACAGAAACUAAAGAAAAAUGCGCACAACAGACUACAAGAGCUUCAAAAGUCCUACCAUGAGAAAUGCCGAGACAUGAUUCAACAAGAAAACCAGCUUGAUACAGCCAGAUCUUCAGUAACAGUCCCCAUAAAAGAACUUGAAAAGUUGAAGGCCAAGGUUGACAAAAGCCGGGAAGCAAUGGAUAAAUCAGACGGCUUAUAUAAACAGUCGGUAGAGUAUUUAGAGCAGGCCCGUAUCAACUGGGAAACAGACAUGGAAGAAGGGUGUCAGCUUUUCCAACAACUUGAAGAAGAUCGGAUAUAUAAAUUACGUGAUAUUUUAUGGAAGUGUACAAAUAUUGAUUCACAAGUCUGUGUUGACUGUGACGAGAGUUGUGAGAUAGUUCGGCAGUGUUUAGAGAAAUGUGAUAUCCAGAAAGAAAUGCUUGAUUACAUUCAAACAAACAUGACCGGAACCGUUCGACCAG